CAACACGGUUUACGCUGGUUCAGUCUCUGUCCGCAGCCGGUGUGUAUUCAUCAGAUAAAUCGACAGAGAAAAAGAGAUAAAUUCUGAUAUUUAGGCAUGGCAACGCCGGACGAUUCUUCUUCUGCGAACCCCAUCAAUGAUGAUAGUUCCAAUUUCGAAAGUAACCCUAACCCUAACCCUAACCCUAACCCCAGUUCUUCUAAAGCUUUAGUCUCUGUUCCCUCUGGUUCCCCUGCUGUGUGCCUCGUCCAGUUCGCGAGCGACUCCUUCGCCGGCGCUUUCAUGGGCUCCAUAUUCGGCUACGGUUCCGGGUUGAUUAAGAGGAAAGGCUUCAAAGGAUCCUUUGGAGAGGCAGGAUCGUAUGCCAAGACAUUUGCAGUUUUGUCAGGAGUACACAGUUUGGUUGUCUGUUUCUUAAAGAGGUUGAGAGGGAAGGAUGAUGUAAUUAAUGCUGGAGUGGCUGGAUGUUGCACUGGUCUUGCUCUAAGUUUUCCGGGUGCACCCCAGGCUCUCUUACAGAGCUGUCUCACAUUUGGAGCAUUCUCAUUUAUUGUUGAAGGGCUAAACAAGCAGCAACCGGCAAUGGCACAGUCAUUGUCCAUGAGAAGCAUAAGCGGGCGGUUCAAGAGGCCUUCUUCCUUUGCUCUCCCUCUUUCACUCCCUCUUCCGGAUGAAUUGAAGGGUGCUUUCUCCUUUUUCUGCAAGACCUUGAGAAAACCUAAAGACAACUUUCCAACUUCCUGUUGAUAAACUUGUCUAUUUCAUGUAUUUCAGUCUAUAAUAGAUUUACCUAUGUGGUGACAAUGUAUUAUGUAGGUUGUUAGUUGAGAUUUUGACGCUUAUUGCAAGCAGAAUAACGAAUUUACUUAUUGUUUGUUUUUUA